GAAUCGCAGCCUUACGCUGCUUUAACUAUUGAUUCCGCGCUUGGCAUUCAUGCUCGCUUCCUCCAUCGAUGUCGACAUUGUUCUUCCUCUAUUACAUCAUUUUUCUUUAAGAAAAUCAUCUCAAGCAUCGCCACUCGAGUUGUGGUGUCCUGACAAGGAGAACUAGGGCAUAGGCAGUCCCCGAAGUUCACGAUGGUAGGAGUCCGAUCCUCCCAGAGGUCGCCUGGGCAGAUCAAAAGCGAUCUUGAGAAAGAAUUCUUGUCACCACCUACAACCUUCAAUCCAGAGUGGCUCAACAAACUACAACAGAGAUGGGAUUAUCAGACACCAAAUUACACCGAGCUUUGCCAAUUGGCUCCAACACAAACAAGAACCAUCACUCGGUUUACGCGUGAGGGACUUGAAGGCAAAGUGACAGGCUAUAAAGAGGUCACUGUACCAGCUUCAAGUGCGACAGCAAAGAACUCCACUUCGCUUCUUCGAAGACCAGCCAAUCGAGCCGAUUUUGUGCGAGGAGCUGCCGGAUUCUUUCCAUUUGCACCAGGUGGUCUUGAUGGAGUUGAUGCCAUCCAAGCUUACGAGGACAAGAACCUAUUAGAGGAGCAGAACCGAACGAUCAAAAAGAAGCGUGGCCUUGAUCAGAUUAUCAGCUUUGGGGGCAAAAAUGGUCUCUUGGAGAUCCCACCAGGUUUAACUCGUGGUAUGAAAUUUGCAGACCAGAAAACAAAAGAGGCCCAAGAAGACGAUCAGGAUGUUGAAAAGACAUUGGAAGAGGACGAUAGUGACGUGUUCGGCACACAAGACCGACUUGCAAAUGGAGAAGCCACGCCACCACUCACGAAUGGCCCCUCAGAAACCGAGGAGGAUGACGAUGAGGAUGAUGAUCAGGACACCGACCUCAACGACUUGUUACCAGUCGAAUUUCCUUCUCUUGAACCACACAGUGAAUUGAUGGCAGCAUCAACGAAGAAAACAGGACGAGAAUGGGCUCAUGUGGUUGAUAUCAACAAGGAUAUCCCCAACUUCCACGAGCUUGUGCCUGAUAUGGCUCGGACAUGGCCUUUCGAGCUGGACACUUUUCAAAAAGAAGCUGUGUACCACCUCGAAAAUGGAGACUCAGUAUUCGUGGCUGCACACACUUCAGCUGGAAAGACGGUGGUUGCAGAGUAUGCUAUUGCAUUGGCCGCAAAACACAUGACAAAGGCCAUCUACACGUCUCCAAUAAAGGCACUUUCCAACCAAAAGUUUCGCGAUUUCAAGACAGUAUUUGAUGACGUGGGGAUAUUGACUGGCGAUGUCCAGAUCAAUCCUGAGGCUAGUUGUCUGAUUAUGACAACUGAAAUUCUUCGAAGCAUGCUGUACCGUGGAGCCGAUCUCAUCCGCGACGUCGAAUUUGUCAUAUUCGAUGAAGUACAUUAUGUCAACGACCUUGAACGUGGUGUUGUGUGGGAAGAAGUCAUCAUCAUGCUUCCGGAACAUGUCACUCUCAUUCUUCUAUCGGCUACUGUUCCUAAUACCUACGAGUUUGCUUCUUGGGUAGGUCGAACCAAAAAGAAGAAUAUCUAUGUCAUCUCAACCCCCAAGAGACCUGUUCCUCUUGAGCACUAUUUGUGGGCUGGCAAGGAGAUGCACAAGAUAGUCGACUCGGAAAAGAGAUUCCUGCAGAAAGGCUGGAAAGCAGCGAACGACAUCAUGUCUGGACUCGACAAGGUGAGAGAGCAAAAGGCCAUCGAAGCGCAAACUCCAUCCCGAGGUGCUCCUCAAAGAGGUGGCCGUGGUCAACAAGCACGUGGUGGACCUCAACGUGGCGGAUCAAAGCAGCGAGGAAGUCAGAAUCAAAGAGGUGGCUCACAACAGCGAGGACAAGUUGCAAGUCGUGGUCACGGAAAUAUUGCGCGCACAGGAAGAGGUGGUGGCAGAACGACUGCGGCACAAGACCGGAAUCUCUGGGUCCAUCUUGUACAACAUCUGAAAAAGGAGAAUCUUCUACCCGCCUGUAUCUUCGUGUUCUCCAAGAAGCGAUGCGAGGAGAAUGCCGACUCUCUCUCAAACCAAGACUUUUGUACAGCCACCGAAAAAAGUGCCAUUCACAUGAUCAUUGAAAAAUCGAUUGCGCGAUUAAAGCCGGAAGAUCGGGUUUUACCUCAGAUUAGACGAUUACGAGAAAUGCUUGGACGUGGCGUCGCGGUGCAUCACGGCGGCCUUUUACCGAUUGUCAAGGAGAUCGUCGAGAUAUUGUUUGCGAGGACGUUGGUGAAAGUCUUGUUCGCCACGGAGACAUUUGCAAUGGGCUUGAAUCUCCCCACGCGAACGGUGGUUUUCUCGGGUUACCGUAAGCAUGAUGGACGUGAUUUCCGUAACCUACUUCCGGGUGAAUACACUCAGAUGGCUGGUCGUGCCGGCCGCAGAGGCCUUGACACCGUCGGUACGGUCAUCAUCGUCUGUCCCGGCAAAUCCGAGGCACCUCCUGCAGGUGAACUGACUCAAAUGAUCACUGGGCCCGCGACGAAACUCCGCAGCCAAUUUCGACUGCAUUACAACAUGAUACUGAAUCUGAUGCGAGUUGAGGCUCUGAAGAUUGAAGAAAUGAUCAAACGCAGUUUCUCCGAGAAUGCGACUCAAGCCUUACUGCCACAACACGAGAAGCAGGUGGCUCUGUCUCAGGCAAACCUUGACAAGAUCAAACGUGAGCCUUGUGAUAUCUGUGAUAUUGACCUAGAAGCAUGUCAUGCAGCAGCCAUGAGGUUUGAACAACUAACGAAGGAACUACACAUCAAUCUAUUGUCGUCGCCGGUUGGCCGUCGGCUCUGGCAAGCCCGCAGAUUGAUCGUGUACAAAAAGGACGGUAUUCGAAAAGUGGGUGUUAUGCUCGACGAUGGCCCACGAGGUGGCCCUGUGCCUCACCUCAACGUUCUGGAAGUAUCCGAGAUCGAUGCCCAGCGAUCGACGAAGGAUUUAUUACCCUACCUCCCGCGGUUCCGCAGGAUGUAUGCCCCAUUGCCAGACAAGCCGGCCAAAGUGAAACAAAGCGUGACCCAAGUCUUGUUGGACGACGUGCAAUGCGUGACCCAGACGCUUGUAAAGGUUAGAGGACCCCCCUGGUACUUGAAAGUUAGGAAAGGUAAUGCUUACAUUUUGGAACACUCUUGUUCUUCUUACAGGUCGAUUUGAGGUCGUUACUAAGUUCACAACUAGUGCAAAAACAAUUUGCUGAAGAAGAUUUUGUUGAGGCAUAUUCGUCAUGGGAUACGAGCGUCUGGGACGAACAAGAGUGGAAUAAAGUGCACGAUUUGCAUAUUCGAGAAUUGCUUGCCGCGAGGAGCAAAGUGGCGGCCAUCGCGCAAGACGCCCAAUGUCUUGACUGUCCUCAUUUCUUGAAACAUUAUGGCAUGCAGCAUGACGAGUGGCUGAUCAAGGAGAACAUUGAAGCAUUAAAAAUGUUGAUGUCUGAUCAGAACCUGUCAUUGCUGCCGGAUUAUCAACAGCGAACUGAAGUCUUGAAAGAUUUGGGUUUCAUUGACGAAGAGUCUCGUGUCCAAUUGAAAGGCAAGGUUGCUUGUGAGAUUCAUUCCGCAGAUGAAUUGGUUCUGACCGAGUUGAUCUUGGAAAACGUAUUGGCACAAUUCGAACCGGAAGAGAUUGUCGCCCUUUUGUCGUGUUUUGUGUUUCAGGAAAAGACUGACAAUGAACCCCAACUCAGCGAGAACCUCAAACGGGGUAAAGAAGCGAUCAUCGAAAUUGCGGAAAAGGUCAACAAGUACCAAAUCUUACAUCAGGUCAUCUUGUCGUCGGACGACGCCAAUGAUUUCGAGUCCCGCCCCAGAUUCGGUCUGGUGGAGGUUGUGUACGAGUGGGCGAGAGGAAUGUCCUUCAAUCGUAUCACCGACCUCACGGAUGUCAUGGAGGGGACGAUUGUCAGGGUCGUCACGAGGUUGGACGAGACUUGCAGAGAAGUCAUGAGUGCCGCGAGACUCAUCGGUGAUCCUUCAUUGUAUCAAAAGAUGGACAAAGCCAGGGAGUUGAUUCGAAGAGACGUGGUUUUCACCGCAAGUCUUUACAUGUAGUAGAGACAGGGUAGAGACGGCGUUGGUUGCUUCGGACUUGUUUACUUUUACUUGGGACAGGGUUAGUUGAACAGUGUACUGUACCACAUUUCUCAGUACUAUUAUUAGACCAGGUUGAAAAAAGUUAGAGAGAAGAGACAAAAACAAGUUUAUGACAAG